GUACGCAGGUUUAUUUUUUAAAUUUUUAAAGGCGAAGAUCCUAUAAUUCUUGAAAGGAAAAGGGCAGCAGCAGCGACAUGCUUCUUCAAAAAAAGCAGAGCCAUAUGCUCCAAAGCCAACUUUGUUGCCUACUUCUUUCCAAAGUUCCUUCUAUAUUUCCAUGGGAGUUUGGUCCUGUGCUGCUGUGAGUCGAAUGCUCGUUGUGGUUCAUGGGUACAAGAUUUGUGGUUCAUUUAUGAUGUUUCAGUUUAUCUUUUUGGUCUAAUUAAGAAUUCUAAUGUGAUCUGGCGAGAGGUUCCUCUAAAUUUCCGUUUGGAAUAAAGUUUUGAACUUUAAGCAGACAGCAAUGGAGGAAAAAGCGUUCCCUGCAUGGUCAUGGUCUGUUGAGCAGUGUUUGAAAGAGUACAAUGUGAAGCUGGAUAAGGGUUUGAGUUCGUAUGAGGUUGAGAAGAGACGAGAGAGAUAUGGCUGGAAUGAACUCGCCAAAGAGAAGGGUAAGCCCUUAUGGCGGCUCGUAUUGGAACAAUUUGAUGACACGCUUGUGAAAAUUCUUCUGGUUGCGGCCUUCAUAUCUUUUAUUUUAGCUUACUUGCAUGGAAGUGAAUCUGGGGAAGAGUCUGGAUUUGAAGCCUAUGUGGAACCAUUUGUUAUAGUUUUGAUUUUGGUUCUUAAUGCCAUUGUUGGGGUGUGGCAAGAGAGCAAUGCUGAGAGAGCUCUUGAAGCCCUCAAGGAGAUGCAAUGUGAAUCAGGAAAGGUUCUAAGGGAUGGGUAUUGGGUACCGGACUUGCAAGCGAGGAAGCUUGUUCCAGGGGAUAUAGUGGAAUUGCGGGUUGGGGAUAAAGCGCCUGCUGACAUGAGAGUUGCAGCUUUGAAGACAUCUACAUUGAGAGUGGAGCAGAGCUCUUUGACCGGCGAGGCUAUGCCUGUUUUGAAAGGCACUGCUCCCAUAUUCAUUGACGACUGUGAGCUGCAGGCUAAGGAAAAUAUGGUUUUUGCAGGUACAACUGUUGUGAAUGGAACCUGUGUUUGUGUGGUUGUCAGCACCGGAAUGAGUACUGAAAUCGGGAAGAUACAGAAGCAAAUACAUGAGGCGUCUUUGGAAGACAGUGAUACGCCUUUAAAAAAGAAGCUAGACGAGUUUGGUGGCAGGCUUACUACUGCAAUUGGGCUUGUUUGCCUCAUCGUGUGGGUCAUAAAUUACAAAAAUUUCCUCUCAUGGGAUGUUGUCCAUGGAUGGCCUGCCGAUAUCCGGUUUUCUUUUGAGAAAUGCACAUACUAUUUCAAGAUUGCUGUUGCUCUAGCUGUAGCAGCAAUUCCUGAAGGCCUUCCUGCGGUAAUCACGACUUGUUUAGCACUGGGCACCAGGAAAAUGGCACAAAAGAAUGCAAUUGUGAGAAAGCUUCCCAGCGUAGAAACAUUGGGAUGCACAACUGUGAUUUGCUCAGAUAAAACUGGGACUUUAACCACAAACCAGAUGGCCGUGACAGAAUUCUUCACUUUGGGUGGGAAAACUACUUCUAGUAGAAUUUUUCGUGUUGAAGGAACAACAUAUGAUCCUAAAGAUGGAGGGAUUGUCGAUUGGAAUUGCUACAACAUGGAUGCUAAUUUGCAAGCUAUGGCAGAAAUAUGUGCUGUUUGCAAUGAUGCUGGGAUCUUUUGUGAUGGCCGUUUGUUCCGAGCUACAGGUUUGCCUACUGAGGCUGCUCUGAAGGUUUUGGUUGAGAAGAUGGGAGUCCCAGAUGCCAAGGCAAGGAAUAAAAUUCGUGACACUGAACUUGUUGCAAAUUAUUUGAUUGACCGCAGCAGAGUAAGAUUAGGAAAUUGCGACUGGUGGACUAAAAGAUCGAAAAGGGUCGCUACAUUGGAGUUUGAUCGCAUUCGGAAGUCUAUGAGUGUUAUUGUCAGGGAGCCCAAUGGGCGGAACCGACUUCUGGUCAAGGGAGCUGUUGAGGGUUUAGUGGAACGCAGCUCACACAUACAGCUUGCAGAUGGAUCUCUAGUUCCCAUUGAUGAACCUUGUAGGCAACUACUACUUCUGAGACUAAUGGAAAUGAGCUCCAAAGGAUUACGAUGCUUGGGACUGGCAUAUAAGGAUGACUUGGGAGAAUUUUCAGACUACUAUUCUCAGAAUCAUCCUGCCCACAAGAAGUUGCUUGAUCCAGGUUGCUACUCCUCCAUCGAAAGUGAUCUGAUUUUUGUAGGAGUCGUUGGUCUACGGGACCCCCCACGAGAUGAGGUUCGGAAAGCAAUUGAGGACUGUAGAGGUGCUGGUAUUAGAGUCAUGGUGAUAACUGGUGAUAAUAAGUCCACAGCAGAGGCAAUCUGUAAAGAAAUCAAGUUAUUUUAUGAAGAUGAAGAUCUCAGAGACAGAAGUUUUACAGGUAAAGAAUUCAUGGCUCUCACCCCUUCACAACAAAUGGAAAUUCUGUCUAAACCUGGAGGCAAGGUGUUCUCGCGUGCUGAGCCCCGGCAUAAGCAAGAAAUUGUACGGUUGCUGAGGGAUAUGGGUGAGAUUGUUGCAAUGACUGGAGACGGUGUAAAUGAUGCACCUGCUCUUAAACUGGCUGACAUUGGAAUUGCCAUGGGUAUAACAGGAACCGAGGUGGCCAAGGAAGCUUCAGACAUGGUUUUGGCAGAUGACAAUUUUAGUACCAUUGUUUCAGCAGUAGCAGAGGGUCGUUCAAUAUACAACAACAUGAAAGCUUUUAUUAGAUAUAUGAUAUCAUCUAAUGUUGGGGAGGUGAUAUCCAUAUUUUUAACUGCUGCGCUGGGUAUACCAGAGUGUAUGAUACCUGUGCAGCUUUUAUGGGUGAAUUUGGUAACCGAUGGUCCGCCUGCUACAGCUCUCGGUUUUAACCCUGCUGAUGUUGACAUAAUGCAGAAACCACCACGCAAAAGCAACGAUGCUCUUAUAAGUUCUUGGGUUCUCUUCCGUUAUUUGGUUAUUGGUUCUUAUGUAGGCAUUGCAACAGUUGGAAUUUUCAUUUUGUGGUAUACCCAUGCUUCCUUUCUGGGUAUCAAUCUUGUGAGUGAUGGGCAUACACUGGUUGAAUUAUCUCAGCUUCGCAAUUGGGGGGAGUGUCCCAAAUGGUCAAAUUUCAGUGUGGCUCCAUACUCUGUUGGUGGACGCAUGAUCACAUUUUCAAACCCUUGUGACUAUUUCUCAGUUGGUAAAGUGAAGGCAAUGACUCUUUCACUCUCUGUACUGGUAGCAAUCGAGAUGUUCAAUUCCCUUAAUGCACUUUCUGAAGACAACAGCUUGUUCACAAUGCCACCUUGGAGGAAUCCUUGGCUUCUAGUUGCCAUGUCGGUCUCAUUUGGACUCCAUUGCCUCAUACUCUAUGUUCCCUUCCUGGCAGACGUGUUUGGUAUUGUCCCAUUGAGCCUGAACGAGUGGGUUUUAGUCAUCUUGGUUUCAGCUCCUGUGAUUCUAAUCGAUGAGAUUCUCAAAUUUGUGGUAAGGAGUCAAAGAUACAGAACAAAGGAGAAGACGGCAUAAGUUGGUCUGAAACAAUUUACAAAAGAUAAUGCUGGAGUUUUAUAUAAAUUUAAUUUUAUUCUUUGUCACAUUGCUUUGUUUUAUUAUAUUUUCCGUCUUUUAAAAGGAAGAAUAUACCUCGCGAUUCAGUUCAAAUUCAA